CGAGAGCAACAGGAGGAAGAGGCUCUUUCCUGUAGCAUCCUUCUUCUGGUCACACAUACAUAUGGGGAACAACAGCAGCUCUACAGUGGAUGAUUUGCAGGCUGUUGAGAUCCACCACUGGUACAAAAAGUUCAUGAUGGAGUGUCCUUCUGGACAGCUGACGGAGCAUGAAUUUAAACAGUUCUUCGGACUUCGAGGGCUGGAUCCAGAGGCCAAUGAGUACAUUGAGCAGAUGUUCCGCACAUUUGAUAUGAAUAAGGAUGGAUAUAUUGACUUCAUGGAAUAUGUGGCUGCCCUCAGCCUCGUUCUCCGUGGGAAGAUGGAGCAGAAAUUGCGGUGGUAUUUCAAGCUCUAUGAUGUAGAUGGCAACGGCUGCAUUGAUCGACAUGAAUUGCUCAACAUCAUUAAGGCUAUUCGAGCUAUUAAUGGUGGUGACCAUGAAACUAGUGCAGAAGAGUUCACCAACCGAGUCUUCAACAAAAUUGAUGUGAAUGGAGAUGGUGAACUUUCUCUGGAAGAAUUUGUGGAGGGAGCAAGGAAAGAUGAGGAGUUCAUGGAGGUUAUGAUGAAAAGUUUGGACCUGUCACACAUUGUGGCCAUGAUCAACAACCGUCGGCAUAGUGUAUAAAUCAAGCUGGGGGAAAACACUGUGCCAAUAGCCAGAAGGGUGUACACACACCAGAAAGGAGACACAGCAUUUUUUACAACAAAAAAAUUUCCAUAAGCGUGCAUAUGGAACUAGGAACAGAAAGAAACUGUUGCAUUUGUGUAUCUGAGUGCCUGUUCCUGUAGAAAUAUUGAAGCUCAGCCACAUACAUGCAGGACAGGUUCAGAAAAAAUGGAUUUGUGUGGCAGUGCUUGACUUGACUUCCUAAAAUUUAAAGGCCAAGUUUCCAGGCAGGUAUUUCCUCUUUAUUCUGUGUCCCUGAUUGUGAAGUGGCAAUGGACUAAAAGUAACGCUAAGUUUAUGAAGACCACU